AUGAGGUUGCACGCUGGAAAGGCCCAGGACCCGUCUGCUAUACCUCCUCCGGAUGGCGAAUUGACUAGUGUAGAGACUAGUCUGGCGCAGUCUGGACUGCAGCCAGCGCCUGCAGCACCAGGAUCUUCAGGGGCUGAGCACGAACCGGAGCCGGAAGAGUCUCUAGCGGGAGAUGAUCCAAUGGACGUGAAUCUUGAAGCGAUCCUUGAAGAAGAACCAGAUGAGGAAGAACUCGAGGCUGAGCCUGAGGAUGAGCCUGAGGAUGAGCCUGCUGAGUCCGCAGAGCCUGAAGAGGAACCGGAGUAUAUACUCCCGUAUGAACAGUGGAUGGACCCCGAGUUCGUACCUGAGGAUGAUUUCUUUGAGGAGCCGGUCAAGGAGGAGCAGGACGAGGUUCCAGCUAAGUCGGGUUAUAAAUCUGCCAAGUAUACUUUUUGUAAACCCUCCUCCCAAUCAAUCAUAGAACUCGAUGUCCCCUCUGUCACCAAAAGAGUGGUAGAGGGUAACCAACAGGGAGAUGUUGACCUUGCAAGGCACCUCAGCGAAAAACUAUUGGAGGAACUUCCACCAAAUCCUAUUAUAAUGUUGACCAAGAGAAGAUUGCUUGAAGAACAACAAAAUGAUAUAGCUAAUUACACAUCGUGA